GUGUUCUGUGAUGCUAAUCAAGUCGUACAAGCUGCAGAUGUGCUGGACUGGGAAGACAAGGAAGCUGCAGAGACACUGGUUGACAAUGUGGUCCAUUCCAGGAUCAUCAACCCUUUACGCCUGUUUGUUAAGCCAUCUCCAGUACUGAAACAUGGCCAGGUGUCCUACUCGGACAGCAUAGAAAACUUUUGGGAUUGGUUGUCCAACAUCACGGAGGUUCAGGAAUCUCUGGCACGAACUAAACGCAGACCUAUAGUAAAAACUGGGAAAUUCAAGAAAAUGUUUGGAUGGGGCGACUUCCACUCUAACAUCAAAACUGUUAAGCUGAACCUCCUGAUCACAGGGAAAAUCGUCGAUCAUGGCAAUGGGACCUUCAGUGUUUAUUUCCGACAUAACUCCACGGGUCUGGGGAAUGUUUCUGUCAGCCUAGUGCCACCUUCCAAGGUGGUUGAGUUUGAAUCAUCUCCACAGUCGACGCUGGAGACCAAGGAAUCCAAGUCCUUCAACUGCCGCAUUGAGUACGAGAAAACAGACCGCGCUAAAAAGACUGCCUUGUGCAAUUUCGACCCUUCAAAGAUCUGCUACCAAGAGCAGACUCAAAGCCAUGUCUCCUGGUUGUGUUCCAAACCGUUUAAAGUCAUCUGCAUUUACAUCGCUUUCUACAGCGUCGAUUACAAACUGGUGCAGAAGGUCUGUCCUGAUUACAACUACCACAGCGAGACGCCGUACUUGUCCUCCGGCUGA